AUGCCGGCUCGAACUCCUUCGAAUCACUGGUUUGAUGGUUCCGCCUUGAGAGCUGCGCUAACACCUUUGCCAGAAAAGUCUGAGUCUAACAGCACAGUCGUCGAGUUUUCUAUUGCAAAUUUUACAGAUGUAUGGCAGGGUAUCAGCAAGCACUACUACUUCUGGAUACCGGUUAUCGCUCCAUUUUUCGGAGCCGUCUUAGCAGCCUGGAGCUAUCACAUUUUCAUUGGUGCUCACAUCCCUGACCCAGUCCAAGAAGAAGUUCUGGAUGAAGUCAAACAACCCUUAAAAUCAUCGUGA